AUGGAAGAGCAGGUGAAGCAGCAGGUUGGACAGUUGGCUGUUGAGGAAUCCAGGAUCCAGCGUAUGAAGACGACAUGUGUCGCAAAUGGUGUGGAGGAGGCUAGGCAGGUGGUGAAGGAACACGUAGCCUCCGGGAAAUUCAAUCUGAAUGAGGCAAGUGCUAUGGUGGAAAUAACUCAGGCCAUGCAAGCUUCUGGGAAGUCGUUCAUGGAAACAUAUUUUUCCUCCUUCCUUCAUUUGGGUGAGCUCGACUUGGAGUGCAUUCGCCAGUUGUGUCGUGAUCCUGACAUCGAGGACAACCCACCUGAAAGUGAUCCUCUCAAAGUUGGAUCUUCCUUCAAUACUCUUAGUAAGUAA